CCUGAUAUGGCCAGAUGACUGAGCCAGAGAGAGGGAGCAAGCAAGAGAUACAUAGAAAGGGACAGGAACAGGAUCAGGAGCUCUGGAGGGUAGACAGCAGAGAUGGACUGACAAAUCCUGAGUAGCAAAUGUACAUUUAUAUACGCACUGCUCAAGUACAGAAACCCAAGACGCAAGGUGAGCACAGAUAUGCAGGAGUCACCGGGUUCCAUAGGUGUGGAUGGAGGCUAUGCCAACAAUGUACCAGCAUUUCUCACCAAGCUGUGGACGCUAGUGGAAGACCCAGAGACCAACCAUCUUAUCUGUUGGAGCACUACUGGUACCAGCUUCCAUGUGUUUGACCAAGGCAGAUUCGCCAAAGAGGUUCUACCCAAAUACUUCAAGCACAACAACAUGGCCAGCUUCGUGCGCCAACUCAACAUGUAUGGCUUCAGGAAGGUGGUGAAUAUAGAACAGAGUGGGCUGGUGAAGCCGGAGAGAGAUGAUACAGAGUUUCAGCAUCUCUACUUUCUCCAAGGUCAUGAGCAUCUGCUAGAACACAUCAAACGCAAGGUGUCUAUUGUAAAAAGUGAGGAGACGAAAUUCAGGCAGGAGGACUUAAGCAAGCUUCUGUAUGAAAUACAGGUGCUUCGCAGCCAACAAGAGAAUGUGGAGUGCCAGAUGCAAGAUAUGAAACAGCAGAAUGAAGUAUUAUGGAGGGAGGUGGUAUCUCUGAGACAGAACCACACACAGCAACAGAAAGUGAUGAACAAGCUGAUUCAGUUCCUGUUUAGCCAGAUGCAGGCGAGCACCCCCAGCACAGUUGGGAUUAAGAGAAAAUUGCCUCUGAUGUUAGAUGAUGGCUCCACCUCUCCUCCUACCUCUAAGCUUAGCCACGGCCAGUCCAUGGAGUCCAUACAAGAGGCCUUCUACAUCCAUUCGCCCUCCACAGAGGCUGCCUCCUGUUCCACUAGCAACACAAUGACAGUGGGACCAAUCAUCUCCAAUGUAACUGACAUCUCACAGCCUACUGCAAUGGCUAUUCAAAUAGAGGAAACACGGGAAAGAUAUCCAAUGAUUAUUAAGGAAGAGCCAGUCAGUCCAGGUGUGCACCGGUGGAGUGAGGAUGUUUCAUGUGGUCUGUGUAAUGAACCACCUGUUCUCCCUUUGGCCAUGGUACAAUCAGUCCUAGAAGGAAGAGGAUCAGGCCCUGGAGAGAGGAGGGCAAAGAGGACCAUGGAUAGGGCUGAAACGUCUGAAGCUGUUGAAAAUGUGGACAUGAGCUUUGAAGAAUUACAGCUGCUCCUGAGAAACCAUCAUCAGUGUAUAGAGUCUAAUGUGGAUACAAUCAAUUUUACUAUGCCCAUGAAUGAGUGGAACAUUACAGAGAUGGAUCCAAAUCUUAAAUCCGAGUUGGCCAACAUUCUUGUCCCUGCUGCUAUGUCUCAGUAUGUGUUCCAGAGCCAGGAGAGUGAAGUGUGCAAUGCUGAUGGAUGUAAGGAACAGUAAGACCCUGAAAUUGCAUCUGGCACUAGCUCCUCUUCCUAGACCAUCAGGUAUCACCUGCUGUUCAGACCAUUUUAUUUUGAAAAGCUUUAAUUCUAGGUGACAGCAUUGUCUGGAUAUGUUGCAACACUGAGUUAAAAUAAGAUGCCCUGGUUUGGGGAAGGGAAGAAUCUGCAAAAUGUUUUUUCAUGGCAUUCCCUGUACUCAGUAGAAUUCAAGAUGCCUAUUUUGUGCAGUUCUAUUUCCUUACAUUCCAGGCUGUCAGGGCUUUUUCCUUCUGUAUUUUUUCUGACUGAAUUUGUGGUAUAUCAGCCUAAGUUAGUGAAUUAUUCCAUGGUGUACUAGUUUCCUAAAUGUUUUACAUAAUAUUUGUGUUCUAGAGUGCAAGAUAUUAUCGCUGCAAUGGCAGAUGCCAGAACCAUAGGGGUGAAAUCAAUGCCAGUAUAGAGACUCUUGGUCUUGAUAGUAGUACAACAGAUCGAAGCAUUGUUGGCAAAUCCAAAAAGAACUGACACACUGCUUUGCCAAAGCAUACAUGAUUCACUUGUCAUUUCUUUUACUAACAACAUUGUUUAAUUGAUUUUGACCCUCUAAGAUAGCAUUUCUUUGCCAAGAGACUCCAAGUCAUUUGGUCUGUUAGAAAUGAAUAAGAAGGAAAGUUUAGCUUGUUCAAGUGCCAUAGAUUGGUAAAGCCACUUAGCAUUAACUGCCACUGAUGCCUGGGAAAAUGUAAAGAAAUUGCUAAUUUCCUUGGUUGAGCAGUGUCUACCACCACUCCCAGAAACAGGGGUCAAAAAUCUAUCCGAAUCUUGCAGGUGUAAUAGAAAACAAAAAACGAAACGUUUUGUGAGCAUGGGGCGAAUUAUUGUGCUUAAGUCCUGUGGAACACAGACAUAAAUGGAGAGACAUGCCUAUUCAGAAUCAUUCCCUGUUCUCUAGCACCCAGAGUGUUUAAGGGGUAUGCGUACCUCAUCUAUAUUUUCUGCAGUGCAGACAGUCUAGAGCAGCAAGUUACAAGACAGAUGGUGUUCCUGAUUAUACAUCAUGAAGUCCUAUAGAAAAUAAUCAAAAUUACAAAAAAAAAGAAAAAAAAACCCAAAGCCAGAGUAGACUUGAGUAUGGCACAUGAAAAAAAAUACUAAAAGGGAAGGGAAGAGGAGAACAAGGAUCGACAUCACCAUAUGUGUGUGCCUGCUGAGCUGGGUGUCUAGUGCCAUUUUCAGCAACCCCUAUGUGGCUCAUACAUACAUAUCAGUGUGGGCAGACAAUACUAGGGUGGUGUCCUACAUUGAACACCAAGGGGGUGCAAAAUUGCAAAUAAUGUUCAUGUAGUCCAUAGAGCACUGUAAAUGGCUGGAGGGAAUCAGGCAGCGGAUGCUCUGUCUUACAGCAACCCUGUGCUCAGAAAUAGGUGAAUUUACAAAAAAGUAGUUCAGUUAAUUUGAAUCAAUGCCUACUGAAAUGCAGAUUGCCAAAUCUAAACAGACACACAGUUUGGUUUAGGUAAUGAGCAUUCUUGCUCUCUUACAGAUCUUGUGUAAAUGUAUCUAGCGAGUGCAUGGACAGCUUAGAUUUCCAUCUUCUUUAUAUUUUAUUUUACCUUCUUUACAUUUUGCUGGUAAAAUAAUAUUUGCACUUUUUUUUUAUUUGUACAGGGUAUACAUUGAGGGGAAAGUAUUCUUCAAUAUACUUCCAGUACAUAUAAAGUAUCUCACAAAAGUGAGUACACCCCCACAUCUCAGCAACCAUUUUUCUGAAAGGGCAAUACUAUAGAAAUUAUACUUGGAUAUAUUUUAGAGUAGUCAAUGUGCAGAUUGUACAGC